AUGACUGACAAUGUGAGCUCCAGAGUUGACACCCCAACCAACAUUUCCCUGAGUCCCAGCAUUGCCAUUUCUCAGUCCCUGGAGUACAAGACAGUGUCUGUAUUCUUAGUCCUGCUUGUGUGUGGUGUCGGCAUUGUGGGAAAUAUAAUGGUGGUCCUUGUUGUCCUGACCACCCGGCACAUGAGGACACCUACAAAUUGUUACCUGGUGAGCCUGGCCAUUGCUGACCUGACUGUACUAGUAGCAGCGGGACUUCCCAACAUCUCAGACAGUCUCAUGGGAACCUGGGUGUUUGGGCACGCUGGCUGCUUAGGAAUCACCUACCUGCAGUAUUUGGGCAUCAAUGUGUCAUCGUGCUCCAUCACCGCCUUCACUGUGGAAAGGUACAUUGCUAUCUGCCAUCCAAUUAAGGCUCAGACUGUGUGCACAGUUUCCAGGGCCAAGAGGAUUAUUGCAGGGGUUUGGAUCUUCACCUGUGUUUACUGCAUAUUAUGGUUUUUCCUUGUGGAUAUUCAGGUGAGCCUGGAUGGACAUGUUCAGUGUGGCUACAAGGUCAAGCGGGAGCUGUACCUGCCUAUCUACCUCAUCGACUUUGCCAUUUUCUAUGUUGUCCCAUUACUUCUCGCUAUCGUGCUCUACGGACUGAUAGCACGGAUUCUCUACCUUGGCCCUCUGCCAAACCAACCUGAAACAAGUGCCACCACAUUGCGACAAAGCUGUCGGGAGGUCACAGAACUGGGAAAAAGGGGUCGUCCUCGACGCCCUAGAAGUGCACUCUCCUCCAGGAAACAGGUUACAAAGAUGUUAGCUGUUGUGGUGAUCCUAUUCGCUCUGCUGUGGAUGCCCUAUCGAACAUUAGUUUUGAUCAACUCUUUUGUGUCCACACCCUAUCUCGAUGCCUGGUUCCUAUUAUUUUGUCGGACGUGCAUUUAUGCCAACAGUGCAAUUAAUCCAGUGAUUUACAAUGCCAUGUCUCAGAAGUUUCGCUCAGCAUUCCGUGGGCUGUACCACUGCAAGCAGCAAGAAGGAAAGCAGAGGACACUAUCAGCCAUUCCUGCAGGCUUCAGUAUAGUCCGUGACCCACGUACAUCCCUGUCCAAUAAUAGCGGAAUGAAUGAAGAAGUCAAAAGAGCCACUCUAAAUACUGCAACAGAUGUAAACAAAAAACGUGGAAAUGAUCAGCCAGAGACAAUUGUGAUCAACGGCAACGAAGCAGACAAUUUGAUCAGAUCAGCAACUUAUUGUUUAGACAUUAGUUCCGUUGACACCUCUGUGCUAACUGAUGUUAAGGGUUCGCCGUCAAAUGAUGACACAAUUCAUACUCCUGACACAUAUACAACAAAGACUGAGUUGGAGACUAUGUGA